CUAAAAACAAUUAAAUUUUUUAAUGGAAGGGAGUCCUAAAAUACUUAUCACUGGAAUCACGGGGUUUAAAGGUUCCUGGAUAGCCAAAAAGUUCCUUAGCUUCAGAGAUUUCAUGCUUGAGGGCAAACACGAGACAUUUGAGAUUAGAGGCCUCGUUAGGAAUCUCAAGGAUCCUUCCACAAUUGCUCAACUAAGGAACACACUUGCAAAAUUUGAUGGAAAUUCUGAGAAAUUUCCUUGGACGAUAAAAAAUAAGAAAUCAACUUUGGAGUUUGUUGAGGGAGAUUUGUUCAAUCCAGACAGCCUCAAAGAGGCUGUCAAAGAUUGUGAUUAUGUCUUCCAUGCUGCUUGCCCAGCUAUUGAUGAAGAUGAUGAAGCCAAGAGUUUGCUAGAAGCAAUGGAGGCUAAUUUAAACAUCAUCAAAGCAUGUGCUUACACCAAAGUUAAAAAGCUAAUAAUAGUGUCGUCCUAUAUCACUAUUGCAAGGUAUGAUAAGUUUUAUUGAUCACUUGAUGAGAAAUCCUCUCCAAAAAACUCAAAGGGAAUGAACCUUUAUGAAAAGUGCAGGUUUCAGGCUGAGAGAUGGGCCUUUAAUUAUCUCUCCCACCUAGAUGCAAAAGAUCGUCAGUUUUCUGUGUCUUUUCUUAACCCUGGUAUUCUUUUUGGGCCUCUACUGGUCCCUAGACAGGACCACUCAGCAGUGAAAUUUGUGAAAAGAAUAAUGAUGAAUGAUUUAGAAGAUGACUGGCACCCUAUAUACUAUCCCCAUUGUGAUAUUAGAGACCUGGCAGAUGCUUGUAUCUCAUGUAUUUACUAUUCUGAAGAUCUUCAAAGAUAUGCCUUGACUAGCGACACCCACAAGUUAAGCGAAUAUGCUCGGUGCAUUUCAGAAGAGUUUAAUAUUCAAGAUUUUGAAAUCAAUAUUUAUGAGUCAUGCAAGUGCUUUGUUUGGGCAGGAAGCUGGUUCAAUGUAGAAUACUCAAAUGCCUUAUAUAGAUGGAAUAAAAAGGUGCACAUAAAGAGCACUAAAGCACAAACUGAGCUUGAAAUGGACUUUCUAGAUUUAAAAACAAGUAUAAUUGACAUGUGUUAUUCACUAAUAAACAAUGGGAUGGUCACUACAAAUGAUCUUCCCACCAAAUUACUGAUUGAAUAAUCGUAUACAUCA